GCCCUCGGAGCCCGUGUACCGGUGCACACCCGGGAACCCCGCGCACCCCGCUGCCACAGAGGACUCAGCACUACUGCAGCCGGGCCACCUCCUAGGGCCGGGCCAGCCCCGGCGCUAGCGCUCUCGGGGCGGACUCCCCGCCCUGCGCGCUCAAGCCCGCGAUGGCUCCUCUCGGAUACCUCUUAGUGCUCUGCAGCCUGAAACAGGCUCUGGGCAGCUACCCGAUCUGGUGGUCCUUGGCUGUGGGACCCCAGUACUCCUCCUUGAGCACUCAACCCAUCCUCUGCGCCAGCAUCCCAGGCCUGGUGCCCAAGCAGCUGCGCUUCUGCAGGAAUUAUGUGGAGAUCAUACCCAGCGUGGCCGAGGGUGUCAAGGCUGGUAUCCAGGAGUGCCAGCACCAGUUCCGAGGCCGCCGCUGGAACUGCACCACUAUCAGCAACAGCCUGGCGAUUUUCGGCCCCGUUCUAGACAAAGCCACCCGAGAGUCAGCCUUUGUUCACGCCAUUGCCUCCGCUGGAGUGGCCUUCGCGGUGACACGCUCCUGUGCAGAGGGGUCAGCUGCCAUCUGCGGGUGCAGCAGCCGCCUCCAGGGCUCCCCAGGCGAGGGCUGGAAAUGGGGCGGCUGCAGUGAAGAUAUUGAAUUUGGUGGAAUGGUGUCUCGGGAGUUUGCCGAUGCCAGGGAGAACCGGCCAGAUGCCCGCUCUGCCAUGAACCGUCAUAACAAUGAGGCUGGGCGCCAGGCCAUCGCCAGUCACAUGCACCUCAAGUGUAAAUGCCACGGACUAUCCGGCAGCUGCGAGGUGAAGACCUGUUGGUGGUCGCAGCCAGACUUCCGCACCAUCGGGGAUUUCCUCAAGGACAAGUAUGACAGCGCCUCAGAAAUGGUGGUGGAGAAACACCGAGAGUCUCGUGGCUGGGUGGAGACCCUGCGGCCACGUUACACGUACUUCAAGGUGCCAACAGAACGCGACCUGGUCUACUACGAGGCCUCACCCAACUUCUGCGAGCCCAACCCUGAAACCGGCUCCUUCGGGACACGUGACCGCACCUGCAACGUGAGCUCGCACGGCAUAGAUGGGUGCGACCUCUUGUGCUGCGGGCGUGGCCAUAACGCGCGCACAGAGCGGAGAAGGGAGAAGUGCCACUGCGUUUUCCACUGGUGCUGCUAUGUCAGCUGUCAGGAGUGCACACGCGUCUAUGAUGUGCACACCUGCAAGUAGGCGGGUUCCUAUCAGAGGGAGCAGGGUUCAUACCUAGGGGCAGCAGGGGUUCCUACUUGGAGGGGUCUCCUACCUCAGGAUCCAUUUCCUACUUGAGGGUGGGGCUCCUACCUGUGAGGGUCUUCUACCUAGGGACCCAGUUUCUGCCUUCGACUGUUGUUCCUACUUGGGGUCUGGGUUCCUUUUCAGGGGAGAAGCUCCUGCCUGAGAUACGGGGGUUUCUACCUGAGGGUGGGGCUCCAUCUGAGUUGGAAUUCCAAUUUGGGAUGGGAGUGGGUCCUACCUCAUAUGGGUUGGGUUCCUCUCUUGACCCAACAGGGCGACAGGGCCCAGACCGGGACCAUGAGCUACUCCUUCAACUAAAUGGGUUUCGUGGAUAGGCAGGAGUGGAGGGAUUGGGGUCCCCCCUCCC